AUGGCAAUUGAACAACAUCAAGCAAAUGGUGUAAUUUCCCUAAUUCAAUGUGACAGUUUCAAAGAUAAGUUGCUAAGCAAAACUUGCUCCAUCAACAAGAGUUACGAUUACAAGAUGGGAAAACGUCCAAUAGGAGCAAAUGAAGACAAUGAUUCCAUCGAUCUAUCAGAGAAGGACAAAGCUCGAAUCUACCGACCAUGGCAAUUCUCAUCGGAGAAUAUGCUGAAGGUCCUCCAUGGCGGUCCCUGGUUUGUAACCGGUUACUUCCUGUCAGUUAGGCAGUGGGAGCCAAAUUUUGCACCUCACGAGGUGACACAAACCCUGAUGGCUAUAUGGCUCAGACUGUCGCUGCUACCAACUGAGUUCUACGACCAAACAAUCUUGGAUCGGAUAGGGUCGAAAUUGGGAACUCUACUAAAAAUUGAUACAUGCGUAUCCUCCACGUUAAGAGGAAGGUAUGCACGCACAUGUAUCCUAGUCCCACUGGAUGUCCCUCUAAAAAUACAGAUGACCAUUGGUAGUCACCAACAGAGAGUUUUUUAUGAAGGGGAAGGAAUUCUCUGCACUCGAUGUGGCAGACUCGGCCAUAUCAUCACAAAUUGCAUCCAUGGCAAGCCUAUAAUCACCAUGGAAAAUGGACCAUUUGAAACCACCCCCGCCCAGAAUUCUCCUGAUGAAAAUGAGUGA